AUGGUCUGUGACGACAGCCUGCAUGCCUCAUCGCCUCCAGUGCCCCGCAAAUCGCUUCGGAGACUCGCGUCUACACGAGGUUUCAAACCGCGCUCCGACUUUACCUGGAUACGAGUUUUUGAUGGUCUCGAACCCUUCGCAGUCGAUGCAUCCAGCAAACUGAUUAAAGUGUCUCCCAAUACUACAGUCGAAGAUGUUAAUAAAAAACUAGGUUUCAAUGAGGAGUUGACGUUAUGGCUACAAAUCGGGGGAGAAAUUUCUCGACGAUUGGAAUUGACUGAAUUCCCAUUGAGAAUUCAAGAACAAUUUCUAGCAAAACAGGGAUGGACGUCUGAAGCAAGGCGGUUACGGCUCGCUGUAGAUCCCGAACUUCGCUACAAUCUACGAUGGUGUGCAGGUCCAGCCUCCAGGUCCGGCGGUGUACUUCAUUCAGGCACUGUUUACGUACUAAAAGGACAUGUGUUCCCACAGUGGAAACCACGGCUUGCACAUAUAGUUGGAUCGCAACUUUACACGUAUGGAGUAUCUUGGGAUGCAUUAGAGCUGAGUGGAGGAAGCAUUGAACUCUGCCAACCAAAGGCCCAGAAGCUAGUCCUUUGUGUGAAACCUCGCAGUUCAAGCCAUAGUUUGAUAGAUGCUGGUGUAAACCAUCUUUUUCUAGGAUUCAAUUCAGUGUGGGAGCGAAAUAUGUGGUUCUGUUGGUUAAAAGAGGGAACGCAAAGCACACAACCACCGAAUGUCCUAGAUCUGAGUGGAGGUGGUCGCAGCUGCCUACCAACGGCGCUUGCGCAACAUGCAUCCGACGGCUUUGCGGUUCGCGUUCUGCGCAUGCGAGGCAACGCUCUACCCGCAGUGCCGUCACAAACAUGCACUUUGCAUGCACUCACACAUCUCGAUCUUAGUAACAACAAGAUCACUGAAUUGCCAAAGGAAUUAUGCCAGUUGACACAAUUAGAAGAAAUUAAUCUAAGUGACAACGAAAUAUCAUCGCUUGACUGCGUUCUACGUUUGCCUCGACUACGGACCCUUGUAGCCGCUCAAAAUCACAUAAGGCAUUUCGGGGUUAACACUAACAAACAAAUGGGUCCAAGUGAAGAAAACAAAAGUGAACAUAGGCCGCCGCUAACGAACGUUGACCUCCGCCAUAACAGAUUGAAAGGAAGCAUUAUCCUUGGCAAUUAUGAACAUUUGGUGUCGUUGGAUGUUUCGUACAAUGCCGUAGAAGUAUUGGUGCUAUCAGCUUUGCGUGGUCUGCGGGAACUAUAUGCUGCACAUAAUGUUAUACAACAUUUAGCUUUACACGGGGCUUCACUAAGAAUUUUGCGAGCUCCAUACAAUCAAAUGGACAGUUUAACAACGAUGGUACCACCUAUAAACUUAGUAGAGAUCGAUGUAUCGCAUAACAAACUGUCAUCGUUGCCUCAGUGGCUAACUGGCUGUUCCGAUUUGACCAAGUUAUACGCGAACAAUAAUCAACUAACUUCAUUACCGGAACAUUUGUUUUGCAGUGAACUUUCUAGUCUAAGUCAUUUACAUUUAGCUCAUAAUAAAAUUACAAAUUUUCCGUCAAUGCCCCGCCUGAGAUCACCUUUAAAGGAACUUUUACUACAUGACAACCGCAUCCAAUUACUGCCAGAAAAUUUCUUUUCAAUAUGCGAUAGAUUGUGUAUUCUAAAUCUUACAAACAAUAAACUCAGUCGGCUUCCACGGGUCCGAGGAGCUUCACCUCAUUGUUUGGAAAGAUUAUACUUGACUGCGAAUUGCUUGAAUGAUGAUAUAAUAGACGUUAUAAUCACUUUUAGAGCACUUAAAAUACUACAUAUGGCGUAUAACUGUUUAACUAGCCUACCUGAGAGUUGCUUUAAUUUUUGGCCCGAUAUUGAGGAGUUAGUUCUAUCAGGAAAUUCUCUUUCAAAGCUUCCUGAUAACUUGCCACAGUUAAAUAACAUUAAAGUUAUACGUGCUCACUCCAAUAGGUUACGUUCUGUUCCCAUGUUUGCAUGUAGUGCUUCUAUAAAAAUAUUAGAUAUCGCUCACAACGAAUUGGAUAAAAUAGACCUUAAACUUUUAGCUCCGAAACAAUUAAAAUUUCUUGAUAUAUCUUGCAACAAAAAAUUACAAAUGGAUCCUUCACAAUUUAAUGCAUACAAAUGCCAACGUCCAUUAAGUCUGGUGGAUGUUUCUGGACAAAAUAUUGUUUCGCUAUCUCAAAAAACUAACCUUCAUGAGGAAUUAAAUGGAGCUACACCAUGGGUCACGGGGUUUUCCGAAUGCCCUAACAAAUCAUUGCAAUUAACAUGUGCCCAAAUUCGGUUGCCAUCAUUUUGUAAUAAAGAAGGAUUAUUUGCUGUUAUUGAUGGUGAGAAUGGUGUUGAAAUACCUAAAAUAUUACAAUCAAGUUUACCCGGAUUGGUACUUGAAGAAAAAUCAAUUAAGGAAACUGUAAAUGAAUAUAUGAAAUAUGUUGUUUUAUCAUCCCAUCGAGAACUUAAAGAAAAAGGGCAGAGAAAAGGUGCUUGUCUUAUUUUGUGUCAUUUAACUCCAAUAAAUACAAUUGAAAACAGUUUUGGUCAAACGACUAAGAAGUAUAAUAUGAGAUUAGCAAAUGUCGGUGAUACGAGAGCUGUUUUAAGUCGUAGAAGUGGUCCAUUGUGUCUGGGUGUGGGAAACAACAAAAGGUUAGGUUACUCUUCUCGACACCCAAAUACAGUACCUGAUCCAGAUGUAAUACAAACUGUUAUAAAAGAAGAUGAUGAAUUUUUAAUAUUAGCAAAUGGAAAAUUUUGGAAAUAUAUUUCAACAGAGGCUGCUGUGUCUGAAGUCAGAGCUGAAAGAAAUCCAGUUUUAGCAGCAAAGAGAUUACAAGAUCUCGCUCAAAGUUAUGGAUUAGAAGAUUGUAUAUCGGUUGUAAUAAUCCGAUUUGAUACAGCACGGUCUGAUGUAGAUUUAUUAAUGCGAGAGUUACGAAACACUAUUAAUACAAACAAAUCAGUAUGUAGAUCUGAUUGUUGUUGUUCACGACUAGAACCUUGUUGCCAUUCUAUAUCUCCUCCUAAAUCUACAAGUGAAAGGUCUUCUCCCAGUGGACAAAGCGAUCGCCCUUCAAACGAACCAGUGAACCAUCAACAUUAUGCAAGUGUCAGAUCACACAUAAGAGCAUCUGAAAGAAGGCCUCGCGGAGGUGUUGCAAAGGCGAUAAGAGUGCGAGUUGAGGAAGAUAAAGAAGAUCAACGUAGAAGCGAAGAUGUUCCAUCGUCAGACGAACAAUUUAAAUGUUGGGAGUACAUGUUAGAACAAAAUACUCAAAUGUUAUUUGAUAAAGAACUAGAUAAUUUAUCUAAAGGUAUUAAAUCUAAUGAACACAGUUUAAGGAAUUUAAAAGGUCUAUCGGGGAGUAGUCCUCAGCUUCAUUUAAUUGGUAAACAAACUAAAGUUCCAUUUUUAUCAAAACAUUUCGGUAGUGCAAGAUCUUUUGGUAAUACUUUUAAACCAGAAUUAAGAUAUGGAUCAGGAAGAGUGCCAAACGGUGGUCCAAAUGCAGCAUACUUUGGUUCCCUUCAAAGACUUAUGCCUUACCACUUAGAAUACGAUUUUGCUGUUAUUCAAGAAAAAACCGCUCAAUCCCAAGAAUCGUUAGAUCUCGAAGGUCGCAUGCAACAGUAUUGGGGAGUGGCUACAACAGAGCUGUAAUUGAAUAAAAAUUACUUGUAAAUAAAACUUCAUAUCAAUUACCGUA